AUGAACACUUUUACUGUUCCGCCCGGCUACAAGUUCCGACCCACAAGUCAAAUAAUUCUUAUCACACAUCUUAAACCUAUAGUUUUUGGUGAUUUAGAAAAUCUACUUGCAAGCAAUAAUAAUAUACGUGAAGCUGAUAUCUAUAGUUGUCAUCCAUCUGAGUUAUAUCAAGACUUGCAACACAACGAUGACGAAUAUAAAAUCGAACGUUAUUUUUACACUACAUUGAAGAAAGUUAGUGACAAUGAUAGUAAGAAUGGAAGAAACUACGUAAGAAAUAUUGAAAAAAUUGGAAAGUGGCAUGGUGAGUAUACCAAGACAAUUCUUGAUGAUCAUGGUGAAGUUAUAGGGUAUGAUAAAUAUUUCAAGUUUGUAUCAGAAACAAAAGAUGAUAACAAGACGGAGGAAUGGAAUAUGCAUGAGUAUUCUUUAAAACAAGAGCUUAUACCAGAGUAUAUUGAUGAAAAGAAGAAGAAUUUAGUGGUAUGUAAGAUUGUCAAGAUAGUGAAGGCUAAUCGCAUAGUCAAAAACAGAAAUAGAGUGUUGAUUCUUUUGAGAUGUGCACAAGCACAACCUUGUUCUUGUCAUGGUAGUAGUAAUAAUAAUAAUGACGUGAUUAUGAUAGCGAAUUAUGCGGAACAACAACAACAACAACAACAACAACAACAACAACAACCAAGUGAUCAGAUUAUUGUUAAUCACUCGGAAGAUAGUACUAUUGUUGGUAGCAAUGUCGUCAAUAAUGGUAGUGACAUGAAUAUGAUGACGAAUUAUGUCUUUAUUGAUCAACAAGAGGAAGAACUAUCGUGGAAGAACCAACAAUCAAGUGAUCAUAAUUGUUAA